GGUUAUCUGCUUUAAUUUGUGGCAACCAUCUGUUUGCUUUGUACGUACCGACUUCUGAGGCUUUGAAAAAAUGUAGUCCAUUUGAAAAAGAGACACAGAGACAGAGAGGCCAUGUGCCAACAUAGGCCAAUUCUAGUCCAAUCAGAGGGCGCCAUCGGAUACUACAGGCUAAUGCAAAAUCUUCACGCAAUAGAAAGUUUUUCCCGUUCCCAAACGAACACGAUGAUCAAGGACCCAAACAGCUAACCGAAUCUCUCUCUUUUUUCCUCUCUAUCGCUGCAAAUCUACCUGCAUUUUGCGAAUCCAAUAAAUCUCUUCUUUACACUUUCCCGGGAUCUGGGCCUCCUUUAUUUUCCCUGCAAAAAAAGAAAAAGAAAGCAAGAUAUUGUCUUCCACUCACACUGACACAUGAAGUCCUAAAUGAAGUUAGAGUCCUUCAAUCAUUGGGUUUCAGUCAAGUUCUGAGUGUACGACCGGGAUCUUCAAGUAGGUGCCUGAUAUAUAAUAUAUAUAUAUAUAUAUAUAUAUAUAUUCUUGGGUAUUUUCUAUUUCCUGCUAAAGAGUUCACACACACUUCUAGAAGACACCCAGGUGAUUUAAUGAUUAUGUCGUAAAAGUGUGAGACCCAGAUCCUGCAAUUUUUAUCUAGUUUCCAAUCUGGGCACUCUUCAUUUUUCGCUGUAACAUUCAUACGCUCCUCAUGGACACCAAAGAUUGAGUCAUCCAGAUUUUCACUUCAUGGACUAGAUCUUGAAAUGGUGUUUGGUAAUUGAUCUUUGGUUUUUUUCUUAAGAAUUUUGGCACCAAAUCGCCUUAGGAAUUUGUUUUUUGUGGGGAGUAGAUGGCUUAUCCACCAGACCAAGGACUCUAUGCUGGUGUUUUGAGGUUGGUGUUGGUUUUGGUGGGGGUGAGUUUGGUUGGCUUCACAGUUGGGCCAUCCAUGUUACGGCGCUUGACAGGGAAUUCAACUGCUCAAGUUUCAUGUCCUUCAUGUGUUUGUGAUUGUUCUUCAGAGGAUUUCCUCUCCAUACCUUUAGGAAUCUUCAACAGCUCAUUUCCAGACUGUGGUCAAGGCGAUCCCAAUAUGAAUGAGGAAAUGGGGAAGGAUUUUUUAGCUUUACUGUCAGAGGAGCUAAGUUUACAGAAAGCUGUUGCCAAUGAUUCCAUGCAACACACCAAAGCAUUACUAUCAGAUGCUAGGAAAAUCUUUUCCCACUAUCAAAAGGAGGCAGAAAAGUGCAGUGUUGGAGUGGAAACUUGCGAGGAAGGAAGGGAGAGGGCUGAAAGAGAACUUGCGGAGGAGCUUAAGCUUUCAGCCUUGUGGGAGAAACGAGCUCGUGAACUUGGGUGGAAGGUUAACAGAAGAAUAUAUUCAUGAAUUUAGUUAUAAUGCUUUCUUGUAUGCUAGAAUGUUAGGUUAUUGGUUGUGACAUAGAUUGUACAACUAAUGCUUGAAGGCAUCUCUUGUGAAUAUAGAUACAUUACUAAUAUUUGCCCUCCUAGCGGUCUUAUCUCUAAGAAUGAAACAUUGUCAGGCCACCUUCAACAGAAAAGGAAAUGAAAUGAAUCAAAUGAAUCAAUGCUUUUAGAUUUUA